ACCGGACAUGUAAAAUCUGCGCAAAUAUUUUCUGGUCUAAAAGAAUUUUUCGGACUCAUCUGUUAGUGCAGCUAAUGCAGCUGUUCACACUGACAGUUUGAGCAGCAGAAUUCCAGGAAGUGUAAACAAAAUUUGUGGACUGGAACUUUGGAGGGAUUGGUUACAGGCAGAGCAACUUUACUGAAAUACCGAGUAAAUGAUGGAAUUUAUGUAUUUAUUUGUUUUUGCGAACCAACAUCGAUUUUUGGUCAGAUCUUUUUUUCAUAUCCGAAUAAAAAGAUCUGACCAACCAGGCCACUGUGUUAGACAACGAGCGCACUCUUAACGCACAUGGCACUCCUACUGAACAAUCAAACGGAAAUAGUCAUGUCAUACUAUCUGUAGACACACAGCUACUUUCUGAAAUCAUUUUCCUGCCUCGCCUCAAAUUGCCCCACUGACAUCCUGAACUAUGUACAAACACACAGUUUCAUUUCCUGGAUCCAACCGUUAAAUUCUCCCUGCUGCUGUUUUCUUCGUUUCCUACUUUUCUCAGCUCGUCAUCGUUUGACGUCGGCUUCAUUUUUAGUUUUCACAGCCUGUUUAUUGAGGAGGAAUUAUCCUCAAAAAAGCAACACGUUCAUGUUAGAGGUAGAAGAGAGGAGCAUACCAUGGGGUGAAAGAGAGCGAGAACUGCAGCUUGUCAGAGAUUACAAGCCUCACAAAGAUGUCCAGCAUCUCAGAAUUAUGCUUCAUGGACCACCAGGUGCUGGAAAGUCCAGCUUCAUCAACUCUGUCGACAGUACUUUAAGAGGCAAAAUCGCAACUCGAGCUUUGGCAGAUGCAACCUCUGGUGACAGUUUCACCAUUGCAUACAAGACAUUUAAAAUUCAGAAAGGAAAUCCAGAAACUUUUUACCCUUUUGUCUUCACUGACACCAUGGGGCUUGAGAGGGGCGCUGAGAAAGGAAUUCAUGUAGAAGACAUCAAACUUGCCAUUAGUGGACAUGUCAAAGAAGGUUACACGUUCAAACCCACAGCUCUCUUGCGUGAAUCGGAUCCUAACUACAACAGUUCUCCUACGUUAGAUGACAAAGUCCAUGUUCUGGUUGUCAUUAUUCCAGCCGACACAGUGAGCAUAAUCAAUGAUGAAACUUGGAGGAAGCUGAAAGAAGUCAGACUACAUGCUCGUGACAAAGGGAUCCCACAAAUAGCUGUUAUCACUAAAAUUGAUGAAGCCUGUCCUGAAGUCAAAAAAGACAUAAAGAACACCUACAGGAGCAAGCACUUGAAUCAGCUGAUGUACAAAGUGAACGUGGACCUGGGUAUUCUACUGAACUGCAUCUUCCUCGUGAAGAACUACCACAAAGAAACUGAUACGAAUAACGAUGUGGAUUCACUGAUACUGAGUGUACUGAAAAAGAUCAUUGACUAUGGAGAGGACCACCUGAAUGACGUACAAUCCUGACGUGUAAUCAAUGUGUGAGGGGGAUAGAAAAUGAAAAUGUUCAGUUACUCUUCAAGUGAUUAUGCUCAUGUUUCGUUUGCCAUCGUUACAGUCACAGUCACACAAAAAGUGUGUGAAAAGAAACUUAUUUUCUUUAGCAAAUUAAAUCCAAAUAAACUUCAAGGAAAAUCAGCACAUGUACUUUUUGCUAUUUACGGUAUAUUCAAAAUGGUAACUGCAUGAAGAAUGACACAUAUAUGCUUGUAAACUGCUCUCUGCCGUGUAACUCAAAUAAAUCAUUUUAACCCUUGA